GAAAUCUGAAGUGCACCAAUCCGUUAAACGCAUUUAAACAAACCCCUAAAUGCUAACCUACCUCGGACAAGUCACAUCAUUACUAAAAAACACGUAUUUGUUUAUAGUCUUCCCAGAGUUCUGGUUUGUUUACAGCGGUCUCGCUACAACGUCAUCAACAAACUUGGCGGCGUGGUGGUCCUUGGUCUCCAGCAUGGACACCCUUGAGGAGGACCUGACCUGUUCCGUGUGUUACUCUCUGUUCUCUGACCCCCGCGUCCUCCCGUGCUCGCACACCUUCUGCAAGGCCUGCCUGGACAGCGUGCUCCAGGCACUGCCCAACUACUCCAUCUGGCGCCCCAUCCACCAGCCGCUGAAGUGCCCCAUCUGUCGCUGCGUGGUGGAGCUGUCCAUGAGCAGCGUGGACGCCCUCCCCACCAACGUGUGUCUGCAGGCCAUCAUUGAGAAGUACCAGAAGGAGAACCAGCCCAGACUGCCCUUGUGUUCCGACCACUUCAGGCAGCCCCUCAACAUGUACUGUGUCCAGGACCGCCAACUCAUCUGUGGCCUGUGUCUGACUGUGGGCCGCCACAAGAACCACCUCAUUGACGACCUGCAGGCCGCCUUCAUCAGGGAGAAGCAGGCCCCCGCAGUCCUGCUGGCCAGACUCUCUGACAAGACCUGGGACAUGAUGUGUGGUGUGGGGGAGCAGCUGGAGAAGGAGAAGGCGAGGUGUGAGAGUGUGGUGAGGAAAGACCGGCAGGAAGUCACACAGUUCUUUCACAACUUGGAGGUGGUUCUGGCCAGGAAGAGGCAGUCCUACCUGGAGGUUCUGGACACUACCUGUGCGGAGGUGACCCGGGCCUACGACCCACUCAUCCACCGCGUCAAGGAGCUGCAGGAGGAGCAGGUGGAGCUGGUGUCCCUGGCGUCGUCCAUCGAGGAGGAGGAGCUGCCGCUGGUGUUCCUGGAGAAGGUGCAUCAGUUCCGAGAGCGCGUGGACAAGUUCACCAAGGCCAGCCUGCCCUCGGUCCUCAGCCUCUCCAUCACGCCCAGAGCCGCCGACUACCUGCAGCAACACUGGCCCGCCAUCACCCUCGCCAGUCUGGAGGAGGCACCUGUGCCCAAGGUGUGCUGCUGUGUUCGAUGUGGCAACAUGGACCACCUGCCCGCCUCCGAGGGCUCCGUGCGGGACUUGUGCUUCAGACCCGCCAUCCUGGUGAUCUUCUUGCUGCUUCUCCUGCUGGCGUCACACGGCCUGGACCACUUCAGUCACGGCCAACUGCUGCCCUCCUUGUGGGCGUGGCUGGAGUCUACUUGGGGGGUGACGCUGGACUUGGUGGAGAGAUGGAGCCUCCACGUCGCCUCCUUGGGGGAAAUGUUGGUGGUGCAGCUCAACACCUUCUUCUCACCUCUGGACCUCAGCGCCUUCUUUACCACUUGACUUCUGCUUCAUAUUCCACUCAUGUGUUCAUAUAAACACUCCCCACUCAUGUGUUCAUAUAAACACUCCUUAACCUGGGAGACAUGUUGCAUGAUACUAACCUUGGAACUUCUAGCCAAUAAAAGCUUCAAAUGUUGAAAUAAUUUAAAAUGCUGAAAUGGUUUGAAUGUUGAAGAGUUUCAAUUUCCAGGAAAAAACAGAAUUUGGUUUGGAACUUGGGAAAGUGUUGGUUUGAAAGAUGUUCAGCCUGUUCAGGAAGUGUGUGCUCUACUUCAACGAUUUAAAUAAAAAAUUCCAGGAUUUCCCAUAAUUCCUUUUUUUUGGGUGCAUUUUCCCCAUUUUUCAAACUUCCACAAUUCCCACAUUCUUCAAACCAUUCCACAUUCAACCCAUCCUGGACAUUUAAUUUACCAUUUUUCCACAUUCAACAAAUUUCCAGGAAUUCCCGUUUUUUUGGUAACCUAUUUCCAGUCUUAAGUUCCAUUCUGCAAAUUUUAACUAUCAUUCUUCCAAGUUCAAAAAAAUUCCAGGAUUUUCCAGAAUUCCUGGUUUUCCAAAGCCCUAUUUCCACCCUUUUUUCUGGCGACUACCCCUUUCACACUUUUUAACCUGUUUCAACCGUUCCACCGUCAAAACACUUAAUCAGGACAAAAAACAAAGUUGUUUUUUGAACUGGAAAAUUUCCCGGUUUUCCCGUAAUACUAUUUCUCUUUCCAUCAUGUUACUACUUCAACAUUUCUCCACCGAUUUGAAAAAAAAUCCAACACCAACCAUUUCAACUCAUUCAGACCAUUCAAGUUUUUUACCAUUUAAAAAAAAUCAAUUUUUUUCCGAAAUUCCCAAAUUUGGGGGAAAUUCCCAUUAAUUUCAAUGGGAUAUUCUUCCAACUGUUCCAACUUCAAAAUAU